AUGCGUUACACGGAACACAACCUGACGCUGGCACCCUCACAGCCACCUCCUCUGCCUCCGCCGCUGCCACCAGAGGUCAAGGCGGUGCUGUCCAUGUGCGUUGUGGCAACUCGUCGCUACCUCCCCGAUGCCGACUCGCUCAGACAGCUUUUGAUUGGUCCAGAGUGGUCCCUCUAUGGCUUUGUCCGUCCCCAACUGUUGGUAUCUUCUGCCGAUGGUUGCGAUUUGCCUAACUUUGAUAGCAUUAAUCAGAGCAAAAAGAUCUGCUCAAAGCCCGACUCAUUGACCGACACAUGCGAAUCCGGCGCCUUGCUACGAAUUCUCCCAAAGACGUCUAAGGCUACAUCUCAAGUUGUAGUCGGAACGAGCGGCAGCAGUAGUCUUGUCGGCAGCGAAGGUGGAGCGGGACGGACCGCAGUAUAUUCUGUCACGGUCCUCGACUUUGUCGAUCUUGCAAAAGGCUCUCAGUCUUGGCUCAGUCGCUUCUGUGGCAACUUUGUGUCCGUGGUGUGCUCAAACGUGGCUGCUGCGGAUCAGAUCCAGUGUGGAAAUUUUGCGCGAGCCAUUUGCUACCCGUCAGAAGGACUAGCCGGGGGGUACCUCGACAUCUCUGUAUUCAAUGCAGUCAGCGACGAGACGAGCAUGGCGGCGCUGCGAGUGCUGGAUCCCGAGUGGAGCGUGGAUUCACCUCCGUGGAGCAGCAUCGACGUCAUCUGGAUGCUUCUCUGGCUGCUGCCGGCCUGGCUUGACGGCAUACUCAAGGACAACCUGCCCGAAGACAUGCAUGACAGCCUGCCCGCGGAGCAGUGCGGCACCUACGACAUGCUUGAGGACCCAUUUUCAGCGCCGAAAGAUUAUGUUUUCCGGCUCGACGGCUGCAACGCAGUCAUCCUUCCCAAAUUCGCGCUGCGGGACGACGGCGCCGUGGCGCUGUCGCAAGCAAUCAAAGGCAACCCGUCAUUGAGGCUCGAGGCUCUCAACCUGUUCUACACGGGCAUGGCGGAGGCGGGCGUGGAGGCCAUAGCCAAGGCGAUCGGCUCGGGAACGCAACACGCACUCCUGACUCUCCUGCUCGGCGACAACCAAGUCGGCGACGGCGUCUUUGCACUGGCGACCGCUGUCAAACGGCUGCCCUCUCUCAUCGUGCUGGACCUCUCCCGGGCAAACAUCGGCGACGCCGCCAUGUGGGAGGGGGGCGCGACCUCCGCGCUGGCGGACGUCCUCGUCUUCGGAGCCUCCGGCGGCGCGGUGGAGACGGCGCUGAGGGUGCCGGGCGUCGCCCCCGAGCUGACCAAGCUGAACCUGCGCGGCAGCCAGGUGGGCGGGGCCCUCCUCGUAGAAAUCGAGGCAGAAAUCGAGCUGCGGAAGAGGGCGGCCGAGGAGGUGGCCAAGGACUCUAAACUCGCACGCGUCAACGCGCGGAAGGCGAAACGAGAGAAGAGCAAGAGGGCUAAGAAGGACGAGCUCUGA